AGAAAGAAAGAGAAAACAAAAACAAAGUGUUGUUUGUUAGUCUUACAUAAGAAAGAGGCAACCUCUCUUUCUCGUUCUCUUUCUCUUCUAUUCUAUUCUAUUCUAAUUCUAGACAAGUACAGACUCCAAUUCCAAUUCCAUUUUCACAUUUGAGCUUCGAUUGAAUAACAACGUUCAUUUCAUUUCAUUUGAUUCGAUUCGAUUAAAUCAAUCAUAUAUAGACAUAGACAUAGUCGUAGUCGUAGUUAUAGUAUAACAUCACUCAAUCAACACGAGGAAGAAAGAUGGUGCUGGAUAAUCAGAAUCAGAAUCAGAAUCUGAAUGAACAAGUUAAAAUCUUUAAGGGGUCGUCGUCUGAAAAUGGAGUGAAAUCAGUGGUAGCGAUGAGUCUGUGGCUGGGUGCCAUUCAUUUCAACGUGGCUCUCAUCCUCUUCUCCUUCCUCUUCCUUCCUCUACAAUAUUCUCUUAUGGUCUUUGCUUUCCUACUUCUCCUCGUCAUCAUUCCCAUCGAUGAUAAAAGCAAAUAUGGCCGAAAACUCUCAAGAUUCAUUUGUAAGUACGCUUGUGCUUAUUUUCCCCUAACUCUUCAUGUAGAGGAUAUUCAUGCCUUCCAUCCCAACCGUGCUUAUGUGUUUGGUUAUGAACCCCAUUCAGUUUUGCCCAUUGGUGUGGUUGCACUUGCUGACCUUACUGGCUUUAUGCCUCUUCCAAAAAUUAAAGUCCUUGCAAGCAGUGCUGUGUUCUACACACCAUUCUUGAGACAUAUAUGGACAUGGUUGGGUCUUACUCCAGCAACAAGGAACAACUUUGUCUCUCACUUAGCUGCUGGUUAUAGUUGCAUCUUAGUCCCAGGUGGAGUGCAAGAGACAUUUCAUAUGGACCAUGGUUCUGAGAUCGCAUUCUUGAAGUCUAGAAGAGGAUUCGUUCGCAUAGCAAUGGAGAUGGGGCUACCCCUGGUUCCUGUAUUCUGUUUUGGCCAGUCAAAUGUUUACAAGUGGUGGAAGCCUGGUGGGAAGUUAUUUCUCAAGUUUUCUAGAGCAAUCAAGUUCACCCCUAUUUUCUUCUGGGGAAUUUUCGGAUCUCCUUUACCUUACAGAAAUCCAAUGCAUGUGGUUGUGGGCAAACCAAUUGAACUGAAGAAAACUCCACAGCCUACCAUGGAAGAGGUCUCUGAAGUGCAUGCUCAGUUUGUAAAACAACUUGAACAGCUCUUCGAAAAGCACAAAAGUCGAGUUGGGCAUCCGGACCUUGAGUUGAAAGUCCUUUGAUCAUCAAAUCUUAAUUUAUUGUUGCUGCUCUUCUCUGCUAAAAUUUUCAUUUGUUCUAAAAGUCAUCAGUUUCACGGAGCAAGUUUGUGUAUGUGUUAUGGUCGUUAAAGUUAGUUAACAAACACAUAUGAAAAUACAAAGAAAGGAAUAAAAAGCUCACAAGUCAUUUGCCUACUGAUGGUUUUAUUCCAAUAUGAUUGUGCAAAAUGCCCUGUUUACAUAUUUAUUAGUUUCAUCUGUUCAUGUUGUUCAAGAAGAAUUUGUAUAAAAGUUAGACAGUGGUUUUUCAUUUAUGAAGUAUAUAUCUUCUCAA